AUGGCAACCGUCGAGAACCCCCAAGUCCCCGUUGAGCCGGCUGUGGCUCCCGAGAAGACUCAAGAGACCAAGGCCCCCGUGGUUGCUGAGGCCCACCUUGUCGACACCUACCAGCACCCCCACAGGCCCCACCUUGCCAACCUCGAGGAGUACAAGCGACUCUACAAGGAGUCCAUCACCCAGCCCAACAAGUUCUGGGCUGAGCGCGCCCGUGAGCUCAUCUCGUGGGACCGCGACUUCCAGACCACCCGCAGCGGUAGCCUCCAGAACGCCGACGUCUCGUGGUUCAACGAGGGUCGCCUCAACGCCUCUUACAACUGUGUCGACCGCCACGCCUUUGCUGAUCCUGACCGUGUUGCCAUCAUCUACGAGGCCGACGACCCUAGCGAAGGCCGCAAUGUCACCUACAGCGAGCUCCUCCGCGAGGUUUCCCGCACCGCCUGGGUCCUCAAGCAAAUGGGUGUCCGCAAGGGCGACACUGUUGCCAUCUACCUGCCCAUGAUUCCCGAGGCCAUUGUCGCCCUUAUGGCCUGUGUCCGUAUCGGUGCUGUCCACUCCGUCAUCUUUGCCGGUUUCUCUGCCGACUCUCUCCGCGACCGUGUUGUCGAUGCUGGCUCCAAGGUUGUCAUCACCACCGACGAGGGCAAGCGAGGUGGCAAGUUGAUUGGCACCAAGAAGAUUGUCGACGAUGCUCUUAAGCAGUGCCCCGACGUCGAGCACGUCCUCGUCUACAAGCGCACUGGCUCUGAGAUCCCCUGGACCACCGGCCGUGACUUCUGGUGGCACGAGGAGGUUGAGAAGUGGCCCAACUACUUCCCUCCUGAGCCCAUGGCUUCUGAGGACCCUCUCUUCCUCCUGUACACCUCUGGUUCUACCGGCAAGCCCAAGGGUGUUUUGCACACCACUGCCGGUUACCUUCUCGGCGCUGCCAUGACCGGCAAGUACGUCUUCGAUAUCCACGAGGGCGACCGAUACUUCUGCGGUGGUGAUGUCGGUUGGAUUACUGGCCACACCUAUGUCGUCUACGCCCCUCUGAUGCUCGGUGUCUCUACCGUCGUCUUUGAGGGUACUCCCGCCUUCCCCAACUUCUCCCGAUACUGGGAUAUCAUCGAGCGCCACAACGUCACCCAGUUCUACGUCGCCCCUACUGCCCUGCGACUGCUCAAGCGUGCCGGUGACGAGCAUGUUCGAGGCAAGUUCGCUCACCUCCGGGUCCUGGGCUCUGUCGGUGAGCCUAUUGCUGCUGAGAUCUGGAAGUGGUACUUUGAGAUUAUCGGAAAGGAGGAGUGCCACAUUGUCGACACCUACUGGCAGACUGAGUCCGGUUCUCACACCCUUACCCCUCUUGCUGGUAUCACUCCCACCAAGCCCGGCAGUUGCUCUCUGCCCUUCUUCGGCAUCGAGCCCGCCCUCAUCGACCCCGUGUCGGGUGAGGAGAUCCACGGCAACGAUGUUGAGGGUGUCCUGGCCUUCAAGCAGCCCUGGCCCAGCAUGGCCCGCACCGUCUGGGGAGCCCACAAGCGAUACAAGGAGACCUACCUCGAUGUCUACAAGGGCUACUACUUCACCGGUGAUGGUGCUGCCCGUGACCACGAGGGCUUCUACUGGAUCCGAGGACGUGUCGAUGAUGUCGUUAACGUCAGCGGUCACCGUCUGUCGACUGCCGAGAUCGAGGCUGCCCUCCUCGAGCACCACGCCGUUGCCGAUGCCGCCGUCGUUGGUAUUGCCGACGAGCUCACCGGCCAGGCUGUCAACGCCUUUGUUGAUCUCAAGGAGAACGUUGAGUCGACUGACGCUCUUCGCAAGGAGCUCGUCAUCCAGGUGCGAAAGAGCAUCGGACCGUUUGCCGCCCCCAAGGCGGUGUACAUUGUCCCCGACAUGCCCAAGACACGAAGUGGCAAGAUUAUGCGCCGUGUGUUGAGAAAGAUUGUCGCGGGUGAGGAGGAUCAGCUUGGUGAUAUCACUACUCUAUCUGAUCCCUCUGUCGUGGAAAAGAUUAUCAAGAGCGUGCAUGAGGCCAAGCGCAAGUAG